AUGGCAUUUACGAUUAGAAAUAGCUUAUUUUUCCGGAUUACUGGCAGUCUGCGCCUCAUUCAGGGGCACUCUUCUUUGAACAUAGGCAAUUUUAAGCGACGGAGAUACAUAUGGGCAUUGGACCCUGACCUAUGUGCGAAUGAUGCCUUUUGGCUUCAACUCCAGGAAUUCUCGUCGGAGGCGAGUGCAUUUUGCAGUGCAUAUAUCGAAGAGACUGUGACCCAAACCAUCACUUUUUACCCGAGAGCAACCGCAGCGACCUCCACAAUCACCAACACAGUAACAGUCGAUAUUACUGUUACUGACACUUCAAACGUCAUAGAUACAGUCACCUCGUGGUACUCCAGCACGGAUAUUAUCCCAGUCACUAUUACGAGCGUCAUUGAAGAUAUUGUCCAAACUACCGAUUUCAUCACCACGACCGAUGCCACAGAAGUUAUAACUACCGUGGAUGUGGUGACAGCGACUGUAACUGAUACUACAGUAACCAGCACUGUGGUAAACACCGAUGACAUCACCACAACAGACACCACAGUCUAUGCAACGCAAACCGCGACAUUGAGUACGACUAUUACGGAUCUUACCGUGACCAGCACGGCAACCAGUAUUCAAACUGCCACGGUCACUCUUGCCCCAAGAAACGUCGAUUUUGAGAUUGAGUCUGAUCAAGAAGAAGAGUUCUAUGACGACGAAGAGUUCGAUCAAGAAGAAGAGUUCUAUGACGAAGAAGAGUUCGAUAGCUGUCCAGCACCAGAGUCAGAAUGCACUUCUUCUGAGUGUCGAUUUAGUAGCUGGCUGGCCGAAUUCAGCACAAUCGCAACUAGCGAACUUAGCAGUGCCUGCUCCUGUCUGGUUGUACCUGCUACUACCACAACCACCACAGUAACAACUGCUUCUCAGACCGCAUCGCAGCCUUCCAUAUUUGUCACUGCCACAAGCCGUGUCACAAUCCAUCAGACCCAAGCCAGCAGCAGUCACGUUGUUGUGUCUGCGUCGACAAUCAUUGAUGAGACUUCAUCCACCCCACUUUUUGUCACCAGAACUCUUACAUCACCGACCACCAAAUACUUUUAUGCCACUGCCUCCUCAUCUGCUAUAGUGACUCGGGUUGCCACCAAAGAUCAAACGGCCAGUACCGCAGUAACGUCCACCGAGUCUGUAACUAUUGACGAGACUGCCUCUGCGACAACUACCAUCACUGCAACUACUACCAUCCUUGAAACAGCCUCCCAGACUGUUUCAAUAACAGAGACCACCACCGCAACCAUUACUCCUACGGCUUGUGCCCAAUUAUCGAGCCCUUAUGAUGAUUCGGCUUAUGGGGUGACAUUUUCUAUUGACUGCAACUAUGAAUAUUCUUAUAGUUCUAGCAAAAUUGUCACUUUGAUGACCGGUUAUACCUUCAUAGAGUGUGUGAACGCAUGCGCAGAGCGGUCUACAUGCAAUUAUGUGCAAUAUGACAGGUCUGAAGACGAAUGUUUCUUGCUCUCUGCAGUGCUUGGUGGCCAAGCCGAAAGUGGUAUAGACACGGCAUCCGUGAGCAGAUGA